AUGUCCGAAGCAAUGGAAAGUUCACAAACAGUUCCGGGUUUUACCUGGCCGGCAUCUUCAGCGACAAUCCAAUCAAAAAUUACCUUCACUUGGUAUGAUUACGCUCUCUUUUCGUCAAUGCUGGUAUUCAGCGUAUUGAUUGGAAUAUGGUUUGGUUUCAUCCGGAAACAAAACACCGCCAGUGAUUACCUGCUUGGUGGCAGGGCGAUGAAACCAUUUCCGAUUGCUAUGUCACUCGUAGCCAGCUUCAACCCGGACCCAACACUACGUGACUCUUUCUGGGUGAUUGUUUUGGGAUGGUCCUUCAAUUCCCUAUCAAUGUUGGGAGUUUCUCAAUCUUGCGUACAGAAAUUCCUAGCGUUGCCAACAUUAAGCGAUGCAAAAAAAGCUCUUGCAUGGUAUGUAGUAGGUGCUGUCACAGUAAAAAUCACUUGUAUAUUAACAGGUCUAAUAAUGUACGUUAAAUAUUUCGGGUGUGACCCGUUAUUGUCCGGGCAAAUCACGAAAGCGGAUAAAAUCCUACCACAUUAUGUAAUGGAUGUAUCAGGAUCUGUGCCUGGAUUACCUGGUUUGUUUAUCGCAGGAAUCUUUUGCGCUUCUUUAAGUACCCUAUCAGCGUCAUUGAAUUGCCUUGCUGGAACAAUCUACGAAGAUUUUCUGUCCCAGUACAUGUCAAAAGAUAUCACAGAACAACGAGUUGGAUAUAUUCUUAAAGGUUUGGUGAUUGGCAUUGGUGUUAUAUCGGUAUUACUGGUACGGGUUGUGGAACACCUUGGGAAUCUACUACCGAUUAUGAUUAGCUUCACCGGGGUUGCAUCAGGCCCACUUUUGGGUAUUUUCACCCUGGGUAUUCUAUUCCCAAAGGCCAACGCAAAGGGUGCAAUGGUGGGUGCCCUCACAGCCCUAGGAAUGAUUUCAACAUUGUUUGUGACCGUGCAAUAUUACAAAGCACACAAACUGAUCACAUACACCUCAAAACCGGUUUCAACCGAAACCUGUGACUUUGAGUUUACGCCAGCAAACUCAACUAAUAUUGAUCCUCGUGCACAAGAUGAUGUUCUAUGGCUUUUUAGAAUCUCCUUUUAUUACUACACUCUUAUCGGAGCUAGUAUCACAUUACUAGUUGGCAAUAUUGUCAGUGCAUUUACCCAGGAUGACUCUCCUCCGGUUCAUCCUGAUCUCUUGUCGCCGAUAAUCCGUCGGUAUCUGCCAGACAAGAAGCAGUAUUACACUGUGGACCGCGCUUUGACCAUGGUCACAUACGAUUCCAACAAACAAAAAGCCACAAGUUGA